UGACAACAAAGUUAAUCAUAGUUCUUACUCUGUGAAUUGUGAAAUUAACUUCAAAAGUCAAAACCAAACACAUGGAUUUGUUUUGAAUUGGUUCCUGCAGUUAAUUUUGUUAACAUAAUUCUUGAUGUUUUUAGUACACAAUUCGAAAUGUCGCGACUAAUUGUUAAAAAUUUACCCAACAAGGUUACAGUAGAAAAACUCAAAGAAAUAUUCGGAGAAAAGGGCGAAGUGACGGACGUUCAACUGAAAUAUACAAAAGAUGGCAAAUUUAGAAAUUUUGGCUUCGUUGGAUAUCGAACAGAAGAACAAGCCGCAGCAGCCAGGGAACAUUUCAAUGAAACUUUUAUAAAUAGCAUGAAAAUAUCUGUUGAAAGUUGUGCAAACUUAGGUGACGAAAAGAAACCCAGAGCGUGGAGCAAGUAUGCCAGUGACAGUACAGCAUAUAAAAAAAUACAUAAGGAAGAAACUGAAGUCACUAGCAAACCAAAAAAGAAGUUAAGCAAAGCUGAAAAAAAUAACAACAAAAUCAAAGAAUUACUGAAAAAGCAUAAAAGUGACCCUCUUUUUGCCGAGUUUAUUGAAGCACAUGUUAAUGAUAAAACGGCUUGGAUCAAGGAAGCAUUAACAGAAUUAAGUCAGAACAAUGAUGACAGUGGAGUGGAAGAUGAAACAGUUGAGAACCAAAAUGAUGAACGGAUGGAUGAAAAAAAUGAAUCUGAUAAUAAACAAGAUACACCAUCAAAGGAAAAUAAAGCAGCCAAUGCACAAAUAAGUGAUUUAGAUUAUAUGAAAGUGUUGAUGAAAAAAGUUGAUGGUUUUAAAGAUGAUGCAGUCACUGAAGUUGCCCCAGCAGAGCCUAAGAAGAUAAGAAAUAGACCAUUAUUCUAUGUAAAAAUAAAUGGAUUACCUUUUAAAUGCAAAAAGAAAGACAUCAAAGAGUUUUUCAAACCUUUAGUACCUUACUCUAUAAGGUUGCCACUGGGCAAGGGAAAAAAGCUUGCUGGUUUCUGUUAUGUUGGAUUUAGAACAGAAAAAGAACUGAAAAAAGCUCUUAAUAAAGACAAAUUGUUUUUAGGGAGUCACAGAGUACAUGUACAUCAAUAUGAAGAUAAAGCCAAAAAAGCCGCUGAAGAAGAAGAGCAAGAAAAUAUUAAGAAAAGAAAGGAGAAAGAAUUUAAUGGAGAAAGUAUUGGUGAAAGUGGUAGUAUAUUUGUUCGUAAUUUGCCAUAUGUUGUUUCUGAAGAUGAAUUGACAAAAUUGUUUGAAAAAUUUGGUCCCUUAGCAGAAGUAAAUAUGCCGAUAGAUCCCAUUCUCCGUCAACCAAAAGGAUUUGCAACUGUCACAUUUGUCAUGCCAGAGCAUGCAGUCAAGGCUUAUACAACAUUGGAUGGGACAGCCUUCUGCGGUAGAAUGCUUCACCUUUUGCCUGCAAAAACAGAACGAGUUGACAAUGAUGAUGACGAUGCUGGCCUGUCAUUCAAGGAGAAGAAGGCGAAAAAACUAAAAGAGCAAGCAAGAUCGUCACACAAUUGGAACACACUCUUUUUGGGCGCUAAUGCAGUCGCCGAUGUCGUGGCAGCAAAUUAUAAUACAACAAAAGAACAAUUGUUGAAUGAUAACAACAAAAAUACUAGUGCCGCUGUGAGACUUGCUCUUGGUGAAACACAACUUGUAGCUGAAACUAAAUCUUUCUUGGAGGCCAAUGGAGUGUAUUUAGAUGCUUUUAAUAGACCCAGUAAAAAGAGAUCGAAAACUUGUAUUCUCGUUAAAAAUUUACCAGCUGGUACAGAUAAGGAAGAAAUUAGGACACUAUUUGCUAAACAUGGUCAAAUUGCAAGGUUUUUAAUGCCAAAACAUGGUGUAACAGCGCUAGUAGAUUUCAUCGAACCAUAUGAAGCAAAAAAAGCAUUUAUCAAACUUGCAUAUUCGCAAUUCAAAGCAGCGCCAUUAUACCUUGAAUGGGCACCAGAAAAUGUGUUUGAAAAAUCAGCGAAGCCUGUAGUUGAUAAUAAUAAAACAGAUGAUAUAGUUACUCAAGAGGAAAAAAUGAAUGCUACAAGUAAUAUAAGUAGAAAUGAAGAAGCUAAAGAGCCUCCUAACGAAACUAAGGAAGAUACUAAAGAAGACGAGGAAGUACAAGAGGAACCGGAGAAUGAUACAACACUUUUUGUAAAGAACCUUAACUUUAGAACAACAGAGGAGUCCUUGAAAAAACAUUUCGUCAAUUGUGGUAAGUUACACAGUGUGACAAUAGCCAAAAAGAAGGAUCCCAAGAAUCCUGGCAAAUUCCUAUCUAUGGGAUACGGAUUUGUACAGUUCUGCAGAAAAGAGCACGCCACUGAAGCACUAAAAUCGCUUCAAGGAUCAAUUUUAGAUGAAAAAACGUUGGAAAUGAAACGAUCGGAAAGAGGAAAUACAACUGAGGUGAAAACAAAUAAAAAGAGUGUUAAGGAAACAACACAAAAUGGUACAAAAAUUCUCGUUAGAAAUGUACCGUUCCAAGCUAAUAGAAAAGAAUUGCACGAAAUAUUUAGGGCGUUCGGCGAAAUCAAAACUCUGCGGCUUCCAAAGAAAUUCACUUCAGAGUCUGACCAACAUCGUGGUUUUGCGUUCAUUGACUUCUAUUCAAAAGCAGAUGCUAAGAAUGCGUUCGAAGCUUUGUGUCAGUCAACCCAUCUUUACGGUAGGAGGUUGGUGCUGGAAUGGGCCGACCAAACUGAUGAGAAUGAAGAUGUCUCUGCACUUAGAAAACGAACGGCUGACGCAUUUAAUGCGAGAACACCGGGUGGCAAAAAAUCUAAAAAAGGAUCCAUUGAUGUUGAAGAAUUUGUUGAAAAUGAUGAUAUGAAAUGAAUAUAAAAAG